UAACUAUAUAAAUAUAAAAGAAUGGUAAGGAGAAAAACAGAGUGAAAGUGAGAGAAAAAAGAUGAACGUGGAAGAGGAGGUUCAACGACUCAAGGAAGAAAUUCAGAGGCUAGGCAAGGUUCAGCCUGAUGGCUCUUACAAGGUCACAUUUGGAGUGCUAUUUAAUGAUGAUAGGUGUGCAAACAUAUUUGAAGCACUUGUUGGGACACUGAGAGCAGCAAAGAGGCGUAAAAUUGUUACAUAUGAUGGUGAGCUUCUGCUGCAAGGAGUCCAUGAUAAUGUGGAAAUCAUACUUAAACCAACGCCAGCACCUGCAUCAGAAUCAGCACCAGCACCAGCCACAACCUAGUCAAAAGGCUUUGAGCAGAGAUUGCUAUGCUGCAAAUCCCGUUAUAUUGAUUAGUCAUGAUGUGUGUAUAUUGUCAAUUUAUUCCAUGUUCGAGCUUCCCUUUGCAUUCCUUUUAUUUCUUUGAAUCAGAAGUCAAGCUGAAGGACACCAUGUUUGUACCCACUUUAUACUUAUAAUAUGUUAAUCGAUAAAUGGAAACUGGAGGGUCUCAGUGCCA